CUUCAAAACCACCAAAGUCUCUGUAGAAAUUAAACAAUUGCCCUUAAAAUACCCUAAAAUGUAAAUGGGGAACGAUUUCGCUCAGGUGGGCGCGCACAACGGACGGGUUUUGUGGACGGACACUACCUCUACUAGCUAGCGAGCUAGCUGGUGGGCACAGAUGUAGUAAAUAAAUAGACUUUUUCGUUACCUGAUUUAUUUAUCUAACGCUAAAUGCACUUUUUAAAGUAUAGAUAUAAUAAACUUAACCUUAGAGUACGUGUAACUCGCUCAGACAACUCAUGGAGAAGAAAAUCCAGGCGAAAGGUGAGGAUAUAGACUGGGGAGAGCGAGUUUGUGGACAGAACCAGGUGACUGUUGCCAGUAAAAAUGUGACAGAUAACACUGCUUUAGUUAAAAAUGCACAGGAAGGGCUGCCUGAGCCGCUAUCAGACUGUGACAGCAGAUUCUCUGUGGUGUCUGGAGACUGUCUGUACUACCAUUAUGGCUGUGAUGGAAAGGAUGACAGAGGUUGGGGUUGUGGAUACAGGACUGUACAGACCAUAUGCUCAUGGUUGUUCAUGCAUUCUGGACCUCAGAGUGGAAAAGCCAAGCCUCCCCCGAGUCUUCCUGUCAUACAGCAAGCUUUAGUCACAAUAGGAGAUAAACAGCCUUCUUUCCUGGGAUCCAGAGAGUGGAUAGGAACCUAUGAGGCUGCAUUAGUGAUUGACCAGCUCUAUGAUGUCCCUUGCCGUAUAAUCCAUGUGCGGAGUGGUGGGCCAGAGCUUCAGCAAGCAGCAGAAGACCUUCACCAUCAUUUCACCACCUGUGGCUCUCCAGUGAUGAUGGGUGGAGACAGAGACAACUCCUCUAAGUGCAUUCUGGGGGUGUGCUCUGGGAAAGAGGGGACCCACCUGUUGAUAAUGGACCCUCACUAUUAUGGCCCUACCCUGGAUAAAGAGUCUCUGCAGAGACGAGGCUGGGUGGCAUGGAAGCGAGUGAGCUGCCUGGAUCAGUGCUCCUUCUAUAAUCUUUGCCUUCCACAAACUAAAAUGUGAUUCUGAUGCACAGACACUUAUAGAAGACACUUAUAUUCUACUAUAAAAAAUUUGAAUCCAAUAAGCUAAAAUAUUUAAUAGCUUUUUUAGCUGUUUUAGCUGUUUUCAUUGCAUAGCUGUUUUCAUUGCAUUGGAUUCCUGUGUGUAAUAUUUAAUUUUAUAUCGACCUUUUUAUUUUAUAAACCGUCCUUAAACAGUAAAAAAAUAAAACGUAAUUAAAAAGUGUUAUAAAUCACAUUAAAUUAGUAAAAAGUAGUUCCUUUUCCUCAGUGGCUCUAGUACUACUGUUUUUCCAGUGCAGUGAGCCAAGUUACUGUUUUAUUGGUUUAUAAACUUGUUAAUUGGCUGUUUCAUGGUAUAUUGGACAACAACACUUAAUUAGUUUUAUGUGCAACAAAACAAUUAUACUACAUUAAAAAAAUACAUGACGUCUAUUGUAAUAGAUGCAGGGUCUGAAAGAGGUAA